AAAUGGCUUCUAAUCGUCAAGCGAAAUAACGACCUUUUCCCGCUCUUUCUGUUCUUAUUUUGUUUCUUUGAUCGCACAGUUUCGAAUGGAUUUUGACUUUUCCGUCCAGAGGUUGCUGAUUUUCUUCCCCCUUUAUCGCGCUUGUUUGCCUGCUCAAACAGGGCAGACAUGAUCACAGGGGGAGGAAAAAGGAAGAACCCCAGAAAGAAGGCAUGAAAUUAGUGAAUUUAGUAAGGUUUGAUGGGAUUUCAAACAGUUUUGGCGUGUUAAUCAAAUCAUUGUCCCACCCAUAAGGCCCCAUUGCCUUUGGACAAUUGCAAUCCAGUGAUUUUCAAGAAUGCACGCCAACUGUUCGACGAAAAUGGCCAAAGAGGAGUUUCUUCAACUUUCUCCCAUUGGAUCUCUUUACUCCCUUUGUUUCCCAAACCCCACCAUCCUUUUCUCCCUACUGACCUCCACUUUGCUCACCCUUGCAACAUGCUGCAGCUCCAGCAACAGAUGUCUCUUGCCAAGUCGGUGCGCCACCGAUGCAACGAAUGGAUUUUUCAUGAUAUUCCAAGCGAUAUUACGAUUGACGUGGCUGGAGUGACAUUCUCCUUGCAUAAGUUCCCUCUCGUCUCUCGAAGUGGGCGAAUUCGGAGAUUAGUUGCAGAACAUAGAGACUCUGAUAUCUCCAAGGUGGAGCUUCUCAAUCUACCAGGAGGCGCUGAAUCUUUCGAAUUGGCAGCAAAAUUCUGUUAUGGGAUCAACUUCGAAAUUACUCCAGGAAAUGUUGCACAGCUAUGUUGCGUUUCCGAUUAUCUUGAAAUGACUGAAGAGUUCUCAAAGGAUAAUCUCGGUUCGCGAGCUGAAGAGUAUCUCGAGAGCGUUGUCUCGAAGAACCUUGAAAUGUGUGUUGAAGUGUUGCAGCAAUAUGAGAAUUUACUCCCUCUCGCCAAUGAUGUAAGAGCAGUUAGCCGUUGCAUUGAUGCAAUAGCAUCAAAGGCUUGUUCAGAGCAAAUCGCUUCAAGCUUCUCACGCUUGGAGUAUAGCAGUUCAGGGAGACUUCACAUGAGCAAGCAGGCCGCCAAGUGUGAUAGUGACUGGUGGAUCGAAGAUAUCUCGGUGCUUCGUGUUGACUUGUAUGAACGAGUCAUUACAGCCAUGAAGUGUCGAGGGGUUCGUCCCGAGAGCAUAGCUGCAUCCCUGAUGAAUUAUGCUCAAAGGGAGUUAACAAAGAAAUCCACCUUAUGGAACCCAUCUGGGCAGACAAAAGUUGAUAUCAUUUCAGGUUCAAAUGGACAAGAAAAGCUUGUUGUUGAGACAAUUGUCAGUCUUUUGCCUGUUGAAAAGUCCGUCGUUCCAAUCAGUUUCCUUUUCGGGCUUCUGAGGAGUGCUGUGACGCUUGAUUGCUCUGUUGCCUUCCGACUCGACCUCGAGAGAAGGAUCGGAUCUCAGCUGGACAUUGCUACUCUUGAUGACCUUCUGAUUCCAUCCUUCCAAAACUCAGCUGAUACUUUAUUUGACGUUGACACGGUUCAUAGGAUUUUGGUAAACUUCUCUCAACAAGAUGAUAGCCAGGACGAUAUGGAAGACGCUUCUGUUUUCGAUUCGGAUAGUCCUUGUUCGCCAUCUCAAAGUUCAUUGUUUAAAGUAUCCAAACUAGUGGACAACUACCUUGCUGAAAUUGCACCUGAUGCAAACCUUAACCUUUCCAAGUUCAUGCUCAUUGCAGAUUCCUUACCUUCACAUGCACGUACCAUCCACGAUGGUUUAUAUCGAGCCAUCGAUAUCUAUCUUAAAGCUCAUCAAGGUCUAUCAGAUUUAGACAAGAAGAAGCUCUGCAAACUAAUCGAUUUUCAAAAGCUCUCACAAGAGGCUGGUGCUCAUGCUGCUCAAAAUGAGCGUCUUCCCCUCCAAUGCAUGGUUCAAGUCCUGUAUUUUGAGCAACUAAGGCUUCGUACUGCACUAUCGAACUCUUGCGACGAUGAAGACUACAAACCUUCACAUCAAUCAUGGCGGAUUAGCAGUGGUGCAUUCAGUGCAGCAAUGUCUCCACGAGACAAUUAUGCAUCACUGAGACGAGAAAAUCGUGAACUAAAACUUGAACUCGCUCGCCUACGGAUGAGAUUGAAUGAUCUCGAAAAAGAACAUGUUUGUAUGAGGAGGGACAUGCAGAAGUCUAGUUCUCAUAAACUUGUGAGUUCUUUCUCGAGAAAAUUUAGUAAAAUGAACUUCUUUGGGCAUAGCUCUUCGAGGGGUUCGAGUUCCCCAUCGAAACAUUCGCAGAGGACGGUUUCUAAAGUGAUUGAAAGAACAUGUACAAGUGCAGAAUAGUUCCAAUUUACAUCACACAGUACAAUGCAGAGUCCCUUUUCUUUGUUGAACAAAUGCAAGUUCUUUUCUUCUCUCUUUGGAGAAUAAUUCAGUCUACAUGUAAUUCGUAAAUGAAUAACAUUGCCAAGAACUACUCUUUAUUGAUAA